ACAAUUCCCGCCAAAUCGAAGUAAGUACCUCUCUUCCUUCCCCAUAAAACCUAAAUUCCCUUUUCUUUCGAAAUUUGAUAAACCAAGAUUGGAUUCCCAAAAGAAUCCCCAAACACCAAAAAAAAUGAAAGGAGGGACUGUUCAGAUCAACUGGCACGACACCAAGCCGGUCCUAACCCUAGAUUUCCACCCAAUUUCGGGCACUCUCGCCACUGGUGGCGCCGAUUUCGACAUCAAGCUUUGGUUAAUAAGUUCGAGCGAAACAGAGAAGAAACUCCCAGUAGCUUCAUAUCAAAGUAGCCUUUCUUACCAUAGUUCUGCCGUGAAUGUUCUUCGCUUCUCUCGUUCAGGAGAACAACUUGCCUCUGGUGCGGACGGAGGUGAGCUCAUUGUGUGGAAGUUGCAUGCAACAGAAAAUAGCAAAGUGUGGAAGGUCCUCAAGACAUUGUCAUUUCACCGCAAGGAUGUGCUUGACCUCCAGUGGUCUACUGAUGGUGCAUAUCUCAUCUCCGGGUCAGUGGAUAAUUCUUGCAUCAUAUGGGAUGUGAACAAAGGUUCUGUCCAUCAGAUUCUGGAUUCCCAUUGCCAUUAUGUUCAAGGUGUGGCAUGGGACCCAUUGGCCAACUACGUUGCUUCCCUUAGUUCUGAUAGAACUUGUCGCAUUUACGUCAAGAAGCGUCAUUCAAAAGGGACAGGUGCUGAGAAGACAAAUUAUGUUUCCCAGCAUGUUAUUUCGAAGGCUGAACAUCCACUUUCGGAUGAUUCUAAGUCUGCAAAAAACCAUCUCUUUCUUGAUGAGACAUUGCCAUCUUUCUUUCGAAGAUUAGCAUGGUCACCUGAUGGAUCAUUUCUGCUUGUUCCAGCAGGUUCCUACAAAGUAUCACCCACACCAGAAACAGUAAAUACUGCUUAUGUAUUUUCUAGGAAGGACCUUUCAAGGCCUGCUCUACAGCUCCCUGGUGCCUGCAAACCUGUUAUAGCAGUUCGUUUCUGCCCUUUGCUUUUUAGCCUGCGGGGGUCAAAUCAAUCUGGGUUCUUUAACCUUCCCCACCGCAUUGUUUUUGCUGUGGCCACUCUAAAUUCGUUGUACAUUUAUGACACAGAGAGUGUUCCUCCGAUUGCUAUCUUUGCUGGUCUUCACUAUGCAGCUAUAACAGACAUUGCAUGGUCACCCGACGCUCAUUAUCUAGCAGUGUCUUCUCAAGAUGGUUACUGCACUGUUGUUGAAUUUGAGAAUAAUGAACUGGGGUCACCUAUAUAUUUAUCAGAAGAAAAGACAGUCGUGGGUCACGAGAAGAGAAGCCAAGUUCACAAGCCAGAGGACAUGGUAAUUGAAGCUAUGAAAAAUGAUAGUCCUGUUGAGAAGGAAGAGGACAUAGCGACUGAAGCUACUGCGACUGAUAGUCUUAUAACAACAGAGAGUGGAAAAUCAGAAACGAAAGGAAAAGAAGUUGUGGGUGAAGAGAACGAAAGCUCAGUUGAGAAGCCAGAUGUCAUGGUAGUUGAUAGUAUUGUUGCAGAAGAAAUGGGAAAAUCAGAAGCAGAAAGGAAUGAAGGUAAAAAUGAAUCACCAAUUGUAAGUAAACCUUCGAAAAGGCGUAUUACACCCAUGGCAAUUGACCCCUAAUAGCUUCCACUCUCACCUUUGUAAACACUAGUUAAUGUAACGUUUCACUUGCCGGGUUCUGAUUUAACAGCCAAUCUUCAGUUGUAGGAUUCGCUUGUGGUUAUUGAAUCGUAGUUACUGAUGCUAGAAAGGCCAUCCUUUUGAUCCCUUUUGCAAGUCAAUAUUGUAAAAGCCAGAUACCUUUGGAAAUGUUUGCACUCAUGAGUAGUAAGUUUGAUCCUUUUUUCAA